UAAAAAAAAAAAAAAAAAAAAAAUUAAAACAAAUAAAAAAGAAAUAAAACAGAAUUCACAUACAAGAAAUAGAAUAAUGUCUGUUUACAAUCAUAGACCUAUGGGCCCACCUACGCCUAGUCGUUUGAUUGAAUUAUUGGAUGCAGUUAAAAAUGAAUAUGAUCAGCUUGCCCAAGAAGUUAUGGUUUGUAAAAAUCAAAGAGAUGAAUAUGAGCAUAAAAUGAACAGUCAAAUUCAAGAAAUGAAUUUAUUUCAACAGAAUCUAAUUGAUCUCGAAAGAACUCAACAAUUGAUUAAAAAACAAUACGAAGAAGAAAUUGCAAGACUUCGUCAACAAUUAGAACAACAGCAACAUGGCGCUGGAGCUCCUCCUCCUGUUAACAGUGGUUAUAAUGGACCUUCUGGAUAUCAACAACAACAACAACAACAACAGCAACAACAACAGCAACAACAAGCACCUUUGUUGGAAUCUAAACCACCUGCACAUCAUCCUUCUUAUCCUCCAAAUGGCCCCCCUCCUCAUCCUUCUACUGUUCCACCUCAUUCUUCUGGAACACCUUAUAUGAAUGGUGGUUCUCCUCUUCCUUCAAAUGCUACUACUAAUACCACUACAAAUGCUCCACCUCCACCUCCAACUACAUCUACUUCAACUACUCAACAACGUGUCACUCCUGUUAAGCCUGGGGCUGGUCCUCUUCCUAAUAAUUCAGCAAACUCGGAAGCUCUUGGUGAUAUUAAUCCUGAGAGUGUUCCUGCUAAUAUGAAAGUGGAGGGUCAAGAUUGGUUUGCCUUAUUCAAUCCUAAAGCCACUCGUUACCUUAAAGUAGAUUUACUUCAUACCUUUGAUCAUGGCAGUGUUGUAUGUUGUGUCAAGUUUAGUGCUGAUGGUCGUUUCCUUGCUGCUGGUUGUAAUCAAGCCACUUAUAUUUAUGAUACUUUAACGUCUACUCGAGUUGCUGUUCUUCAAGAUGCUAAUGCUGGACGUGAUGGUGAUUUAUAUAUUCGUUCUGUUAGCUUUAGUCCUGAUGGUAAAUUUUUGGCUACAGGAGCUGAAGAUAAACAAAUUAGAAUUUGGGAUAUUGCAAAGAAACGCAUUCGCGGUAUUUUAUCUGGCCAUGAACAAGAUAUUUACUCAUUAGAAUUUAGUCGUGAUGGACGUAUUCUUGUUUCUGGUUCAGGAGACCGUACAGCCCGUAUUUGGGACUGGCAGAACAUUCGCUGUCUUCAUGAACUUCGUAUUAAUGAUGUAGAACAACAAGACCUUGGUGUUACGAGUGUUGCUAUUUCACCUGAUAGUCGUCUUGUAGCUGCAGGUAGUUUAGAUAAGGUAGUUCGUGUUUGGGAUGCUGUUACUGGUCAAAUUUUGGAGCGUUUAGAGGGUCAUAAAGAUAGUGUCUAUUCUGUUGCAUUUAUGCCAGAUGGAAAGACAUUAGUGAGUGGUAGUCUUGAUAAGACAUUGAGAAUGUGGCAAUUAGGUGUAAGUGAAAGAGGAGGUUAUGGAAAUAAAAAUGCAUGUAUUCAAGUCUUUACAGGGCACAAGGACUUUGUUUUAUCUGUUGCUACUACACCUGAUGGUAAUUGGAUUGUGUCUGGAUCAAAGGAUCGUGGAGUGCAGUUUUGGGAUCCUCAUACAGGACAAACACAAUUCAUGCUUCAAGGCCAUAAAAAUUCAGUCAUCUCUGUUGCCACUAGUCCUGGUCAUAAACCUAUGUUUGCUACAGGUUCAGGUGAUAAUCGUGCUCGUAUUUGGAGUUAUGAACCAUUAGGACCAAAUUAGUUUAUUUCUUUCUUUCUUCCCUUCUUUCUUUCUUUCUUUCUUUCAUUUUAAAUAAUAAUAAAGAUACUACAUUUAAACAAAUA